GUAAAAUGUCUGGUCCAGGAUACUACCAGGCGGCCGCUGGGCCUUCCUCGGUGCCAACUGCGCCCCCGUCCUAUGAAGAGACAGUGGGCGUUAACAGUUACUUCCCCACGCCUCCAGCCCCCGCGCCUGGGCCAACCACGGGGCUCGUGACGGGCCCAGAUGGGAAGGGCAUGAAUCCACCUGCGUACUAUACCCAGCCAGUGCCCGUCCCCAACGCCAACGCAAUUGCCGUGCAGACGGUCUACGUGCAGCAGCCUGUCUCCUUUUUUGACCGCCCAGUCCAGAUGUGUUGUCCUUCCUGCAACAAGAUGAUCGUAACUCAUCUGUCCUAUAACGCCGGUGCCCUCACCUGGCUCUCCUGCGGGAGCCUGUGCCUGCUGGGGUGUGUGGCGGGCUGCUGCUUCAUCCCCUUCUGCGUGGACGCCCUGCAGGACGUGGACCACUACUGUCCCAACUGCAAAGCUCUCCUGGGCACCUACAAGCGCUUGUAGGACUCGGCCAGACCUGGAGGGAGCCGUGUGCUGCAGAAAGUCCUUUCCGACUCUCACCCAGCCCCAGCCCUGGCGGAGGGUCCACCUUGGUGGUCUCACCCCUCCCGGGGCUCCACCUCCGUGUCUUCUUUUUGGGGGAAAAUACCGCAAAAGUAACACGUCUUCAAACCCCAGAAAUUGCUGCUUGGAGUCGUGCACAGGACAUGCAAAGACGUUCACCUCGAGGGCUGGUUCAAGGCUUUCCUGCCCACCGUGACCCCAAGUCAUCCCAUUUCACUGUGACCGUUGCCCCGUCUGAAUAUCCUCUGGUGAUUUGCCAUUGGCGGGCUGCUUUUCUUGCCUUGGUGGGCCUUUCUGGUGGUAGUCUCAAACUGAGAAGCCAUGAGUUGCCUUA